AGUUGAAAACACGAUAAUAAAGGUUUAUUUAUCUAUGUCGAUCUUCUGGGAAUUAACUUUAUUAAAUUUACUAAACAUCUAUGUGAAUUUAUAUAAAGCAUUUUACCGUUGUAAUUUGAAACUCAAGCUAGCAAUACACUGGUAAUGAUUGCGAAGAUUGGUAAAAGAUGCGACGUUAAUAAAAAUAGAACGGGGAUUUUUAUUCAAAUCGAAAGUGAGACUACAGUACGUGCAGUAACGAAAAUCAAACAAAUGGCCGACGGUUUGGAUGAUGACAGUAAAUCGUGCUCCAUCUGCUGGGACGAAUUCGCAGCACCCAAAAAUCUGAAAUGUGGCCAUACAUUUUGUCUACCCUGUUUAAAGGGUUAUCAGAAGAAAUCUAAAAACAGAGAUGAGAUAAAAUGCCCGCUAUGUAGACAGACGCAAAAGGUGCCAAACGGAUGUUUAGAUAAGUUACCCGAUAAUUACUUUGUGAAAUUAAAACCAUCCGAGCCUCAAGAAAAACUUCAUUGCAGUUUAUGUUACGAAGAGACUGGAUUAAAGACUUGUUCACAUUGUGAUUUGAAACUUUGUCUUUCUUGCAAAUCCUCCCAUAAAUUGGCGUUAAAACUUUCUAAUGAUAAAUGUGAAAGCAGCUCUGAUUCCGGGUCAGAUGAAGAUAAAGACCUCAGAGAUGAAGCAUCUCUCCCAUUUCAUCUAGUUCUUUCGGGACAAAUUAUCAAGACUAAGUUUAACGCUGUCCUGUCAUUUUCAUUUCCAAUAAAAUCCAUGUCCUCCAAUCCUGAAAACGGACAGAACAUUUAUGUCAGUACUUUACACGAAACUGAGAACGGACUUUGUGAAAUCAUCACAUGCUUGGGACCUGAAUGUGUUCUUGUAGAUAAAAAGGGAACCGAACUGGAUAGACGUUUCUUCGAUAAAGGAAUAUCUGAUAUUCUUGACAUAGGGGAGGGACAGAAAAUCAUAUCUAAUUUCCACUUAAGCAUGCUCUUAAAAGUGGAAGAGGGAAAAGAUGUCCAGUUGUUUACAAAAACUGACAAAUUAAACCCAUCAGCUGUGUGUCAAGUUAACAACGGACAAAUUGUUUGUGUUGGCUGGUGCAAGGCUCAGAGCGAUAAUUUUCAGCGAACAAACAUUGAAAGUGUUGGAGCGCUUCAAUAUUAUGACAGACAUGGGUCGUUUUUGAAAAAAAUAACUGGUAACUUAAAUGAAAACUUUUUCAAAAGGCCCAUGAGUAUGUCGCACUGCGAGUUAAAUGAUACAAUAUGUGUAUCAGAUUCUGAGAAGAACUGUGUUUAUAUUUUUCACCAUGAAGGAGAAUUGAUGAAUCGAUACACUGGCGGUGGCAUUGUCAGAGGUCUUUUCUCGUUUCAGCCCUCCAUGUUUGCACCGGGUCCAGUUUGUCACGAUUGUGAAGGAAAUAUAAUUCUCGGAAACAGAGUAGACGAUACAAUUCAUAUUUUGGAUCCAAGAGGACAGUUCCUCGGAUACCUUGCCUCUACAUGUGACAUUGGAUUUGGGUCUCCGUUUUCUAUGAUGUAUGACAGCGACCACAGACUCUGGGUCGGUGACUCCAAUGACGGCCAAAUUAGGGUUUUUGAGAUUACCAGCUACAACAAUAAUUUGAAUACAAACCUUUCUUUACCUUCCUUUCCAGGACUUUCGCUUCCAUUUCUUUAAUCCUGUGUACCGUGAAUUGAAUCAGGUUCAAGAUUGGUGUAGGUUCCUGUAUUCUGUGUUACGCUGACCAAUUCUUUUAGAAAUGCAAAAAUCUAUAGAAGAUGACAUUGCUUGUUAGGAAACUAGCUCAAGGAAGUAAAGUUUUAGAAAUUUUUACAACAUAAGAAGUAUUAAUGUAAAGACAUGUAUAAGAUAUGGCCAUAAAAUUAUGUCUUUAGUUAUGAAUUUCAUGUUGGUGAAGAGAUAACCUCUUAUUUUUAUCGCUUUAAAAUGUGACGUAUUCGCCAUUCAGUUGUACAUUUUUGAAUUCGCAAGCAUAUUUAACCCUAUUAAGUUAUUCUUUUAGCGAAGUUGUAUAAUUGUAAAAAGGAAAGAAGUAAGUCGUAUAUGAUCAUAAGUACUUUUAUAUGGUUUUAUAACUGUAUGUAAUAUCAUUAUUAUGAUUUUCAUUUCAUUAAACACGGUAUAUGUCA